CCCAAGGAGGUUCCUCACUGUCAGUGCAGAGCCCAAUGCAGGGCUCGUCUCACCACCCUGGGAUAAUGACCUGAGCUGAAAUCAAGAGUCAGUCGUUUAACCGACUUAGCCACCCAGGCGACCCUCACAAGCAAGCUAUUGUAUCCAUACCGGUUUUGAGGCUUCCAAACAAAGAAUCUUGAGUUCAUUAUGAGAUCCAUCAUAAUGAUAGCUAUCACUUUUAUAGCAGUUAUGUGCUAAGCACUGUUUGGGCACUUUCCAUGUAUUAACCUACUUAAGUUUCCCCAACAAUCCUAUGAGGUAGAGAUUUGUCAUUAUACUCAUUGUACAAAUAAAACGGAUGCAGAAGGAGCUUAAGUAAUUUGCCUGAAGCCAGAGAGUAAAUAGCAGAGAUGCUCCCCAGAUUCCAUUGCUCUUAACCAACCACCUGCGAGACUGUCAAGGCUGAAUUAAAACAUUUCAAAGAAUGCCUGACCCCUCACUUUAAGGAAAUAAUAGUGUUUUCAUGGCGCCUACACUCUGGAUAGUUUUCCUCUUGUACCAAGCCAAAAAACUAGUGCCACCCUUCCAGGCGUCUUCAUUUCUAUCUUCCUUUCCAGUCUGGCUUCAAGUCCCUCUAUUUUCUCCACCGCCCGGCCGGAGGCUUUAGUUUUGGAAGUAACCGUCUCCCAGGUGGAGUUGUUCUAAAUUUCUGACGGCCAAUAGGCGCCGAGGCGCCUCGGAUCCAGCCCAAUGAGGCUCAAAGCUGAGCCAUGGGAGGGGCCAGCGAAGGGGGCGGGAACGGAGCCCCCCUAGGUGGUGCCUACUGUGUGCGGCGCCAGCUUCCCUGCGCGGAGCCAUGAGCUGGACCUGCCCGCGUUGCCAGCAACCCGUUUUCUUCGCGGAGAAGGUGAGCUCCCUGGGCAAGAACUGGCAUCGCUUCUGCCUGAAAUGUGAGCGCUGCCACAGCGUCCUGUCCCCAGGAGGGCAUGCAGAGCACAACGGGAGGCCGUAUUGCCACAAGCCAUGCUAUGGGGCUCUCUUCGGACCCAGGGGGGUGAACAUUGGUGGUGUGGGCUCCUACCUCUACAACUCCCCCACUCCCACCCCUGCCAGCACCACUCCCCUCAGCCCCAGCAGCUUUAGCCCCCCCAGGCCCAGGACUGGCCUCCCCCAGGGCAAGAAAAGCCAUCCCCACAUGAAGACAUUUACUGGAGAGACUUCACUGUGCCCUGGCUGCGAAGAACCUGUCUAUUUUGCUGAGAAGGUGAUGUCUUUGGGCAGAAAUUGGCACCGACCCUGUCUGAGGUGCCAGCGCUGCCGGAAGACCCUUACUGCUGGGAGUCAUGCUGAGGUGAACAGGCAUGACGGCGUCCCCUACUGCCACAUCCCUUGCUACGGCUACCUGUUUGGCCCCAAAGGUGUGAACAUUGGUGAUGUGGGCUGCUACAUCUAUGACCCUGUGGAGAUAAAAUCCAAAUGAGAUGCUCACAGGAGAGGUCACUCUAACUCGGACCUCACCCAUUCCCUCCAUGGUCCUACUGGAAGCUACAGAAUUCUUCAGUCCCUCAGGGGGAAGGUGGGCUUCAGGUGGCCUGGGCCUAGGCUCUAUGGUAGACCAGGGGGUCUAGACAUUCUCUGCCAAUUCCUGCCUUUCCCAUUUCUAUCUGGUCAGGGGAACUAGGCUACCACAUUUUAAAGGGUGGCCUCCUGGCCUUCCCAAUCCCUUCCCUAGCAAAUUCGAUAACUUCAAGGUACUUAUAAAAUGUGUUUAUUUUGGCUUCUCCAAUAAAAUGUUGGCUCCCAUGCCUUCAACGCUU